UGUUUAUUUCUAGACAGAAUGACUUCAAUUAAGGACAAAGUUGUGAUUAUUACAGGAGCUAGUUCUGGAAUUGGUGAGGCAACAGCAUUGUUGUUGGCAACUUUCGAUGUAAAAUUAGUUUUAGCAGCAAGAAAUGAAGAAAGGUUAAAUGCUGUUUCAAAUGAUUGUCAGACCAAAGGAUUAUCUGCUGAAAAGAUCAUAGUUAUAAGAUGCGAUGUUGUUAAGCAAGACGAUUUAGAUCAGCUGAUACAUAAAACCCUAUCUACAUUUGGACAGAUUGAUGCCUUGGUGAACAAUGCUGGUAGCGGUAAUUAUAAAAAGAUGAUGGAAACAACACCGGAAAUAUUAGAAAGUAUUCUUGAUAUUAAUGUUAAAGCACCAUUUAACUUGUCACAAAAGUGUGCACCUUUUCUUAUUAAGACACAAGGUAGCAUAGUUAAUGUGUCAAGUAUAGCUGGACAAAGACCGAGUGGAGUCUGUCCUGCUUACUGUAUGUCCAAAGCAGCGCUGGACAUGUCCACUAAGUGUUUAGCCUUAGAGCUUGCAUCCCACAAAGUUAGAGUUAAUUCAGUGAAUCCAGGUGUCAUAAUUACGGAUUUUCAGAGGCGUGCUGGUAUGUCAGAGGAAAAUUAUGCAAAAUAUUUAGAGAGGCAAAAACAACUUCAACCACUCGGAGGUGCAGCUAAGCCAAUAGAAGUUGCUAAAACUAUUAAAUUUUUGUUGAGUGAUGACUCCUCCUUUGUUACUGGAGAACUGUUGUUUGUCGAUGGAGGACGACAUUGCUUGUCCCCUGUAUAAACAUUAUCAGGCCUUUAACAUUCUUAAAGAACCUAUCAGAUAAAUAACAAAUAUAACUUGAUAUUUCUUGCUGUUGCCAUAUCUUACCAAAAUAUUUGAAAAUAAAAUAUUGCCAUUUUUUUUACAUUUACUUUUCUACUGAUGGAAUUUUUGUUAUAUCAUUUUCUUUUAUAUAAAGCAUAGAUUUAUACAUUCUAGAUCCAUCAUAUGUCGUUUAGAAUAAAAAAGUUCACUAAAUUGCUUGU